GGAGUUCACCUUCAAAACAAAAAAAAAAAUAUUUUGAUGCCGCUGCUACAAUGAAAUUGUGCGCAUAAAAACGUAUUUUGUGCAAUAAUCCUUGUAGUUUUCAUAAAACUUUGUUCAUCAUGGGGGGAGGUGAUUUGAACACAAAAAAGUCGUGGCAUCCGAACACCUUCAAGAAUCAGGAGCGCGUUUGGAAAGCGGAACAAGCGGAUGCGGCUGAAAAGCGCAAGCUGGCCGAACUGCAGCACGAAAUCAACGAGGAGCGCAACCGCGAAGAGCUGAAAAGUAUCGCCAAGAAAUCGGGCCUCAUAGCGGACAACGGCGAUGGCGAUCGGAAGCUGGAGUGGAUGUACAAGGGCCCGCAGGUCAACCGAGAAGAGUAUUUGCUGGGCCGUACGGUGGACAAGAACUUCGAACAGCUGGACGCCCAGGAGAAGGCCAGCACGAGCGUUGGAAUCUCCCAGCCGAAGAACCAUGUGGAGCAUGAGUGCAUCCCAUUCUCGAUUCGGCAGUACAAAGGCCUGGAGGGCACAGAACAGGUGGACAUUGCUCGGAAGCUGAUGGAGGAUCCGCUGAUGGCCAUCAAACAGAAGGAAAUCGAAAGCCGACAGAAGAUUCUGGAGAAUCCGGUCAAGUUGAAGGAGCUGCAUCGGUUGCUGAAGAACGAUAAAACCAUCAAGGACCGGAAGGGCAGGAAGAAGGACAAGAAGGAGAAGAAAAAAAAAUCCAAGAAAAAGAGAAAGAGAUCUAACUCUAGCAGUGAAUCAGACUCUGGCGAUGAAAGCCAAAACUUGGACAAAUUGCUAGCCGAGAAGUAUAAGAAGGUUCAACGUUCUAUUGAUCAAGAAAAGGGAGAGGAAGUCGAACUGGAUAAGCUUCUGACCAUGAAGUAUCAAAAGUUGUCCAAGGAGCUGAAUAAAAUGGCCAAACACAAGAAGUCGAAGAAGAAGAAACGUAAAAGUAACAGUUCGGAUGAUUCUGAUUCAGAUUCAGGCGCAUCUUCACAAAGAAAACGAAGGUCAGUAUCGAAGGAUAGAGACCGAUCUGCCUCUCAAAGGCAUCAACGCAGAUCUAGAAGUUUAGACAGAGACAGAAGGUAUAGGAAUCGUUCCAGAAGUCCCGAGCAAAGUCGUGACCGUUCGCAUCAUGCUACUUCGAGUAAAGUUCACCGAUCACGAAGUCGUGAUCGAGGACGGUCUCCCAAAGCUAGAAAUCCUUCACGUUCAAAAGAACGAGAACAUCGCCGUAGAUCCCCGUCUUCAUCAAGUUCCAGCACCGGAUCUCAAACACCCCCGAAGAAGUACGAUUCUGAUGAGGAAAGACGUCCUUCGGCCAGGAAUUUCGGCUUAGUGUCUGCAUCGGGCAAAAAGUUGGAGCUGACCAAGCGAGACGAGGUACGUCUGUACAAAAGGGAGGAGAUUAAGGCCCACCAAUCCAGUCAGAAGCCAUCGUUUAGUCGCCCGGAACGGAAGAAGCCAUUAACCGAAGAGGAAAUGGAAGCUCAGCGUCGGGCUAUGCUGGACAAUGCUAACUGGAGGGACAAGGAGCGCAAGAAGAAUGUAAGACGUUACGAAGACGAAGAACGAAAGCAGGAUGAGAAGGAUCGGGUGAAGAAGUACGACAAGGAUUUCAUCAACCAACAGUUCAAACAUGCUGCCAACAAUGAAACUGUCGAGAAGCGCAUCAAAUCGAAUCGGAACAAUAUUCAGCGGUCCGGAGGUGCCAUGAAUGAUCAUUUUGCUAAACGCUAGGCCAGUGUGCGGAGGAAUGAUCUUUUUUAUUGUGAAAAUAAAACGUGACGCUCAUGAAAUAAACAAUUGCAUAAAUUAUUAGUUGUAA